UAAAAAUUAAAAAAUAUAAAACAUGUUUGGUAGUCAUUUAUUUAUAUUUAAAAAAUUAUGAAAAUAAAAAUAAAAAGCAUGGUUAACAUUUUACCCAAAAUCCAUGACCCAACACCACCUAAACCCACCACCAAUAAUCACCCAGCCCCACUGAAAACUCACCCCCAAACCAUUUGUAAUCCAUCACCCACCGCCUUGAAAAACCAACCCCCAAACUCCCUGCAAUCCAUCACCCACCACCCUCGAAUACCCACCGCCACCAACAACCACCCAACACCCCUAAAAAACCACCCCAACACCCCCAAACCCCCAAACCCCCUGAAACCCAUCCCCAACACCCUGAAACCCACCCCAACAUUUCCACCGAAACCCACCACCAACAACCACUCAAAACCCUCCUCUUGCUGAAGAAUGCAGGGCGCACCAACGAGAGAGAGAGAGAGAGAGUGAGGCGAGAGGCACAAAGACGGGAAAAGGGAAAGAGAAAAGGAAAUGAAGGGGCUUUUAUACUCAAGUAAUAAGGGCUCGAAGGUUGGACCUCAUUAAAGGUAUUCUAGUGCCUCCGCCUAUUUUGUUUUUUUGGAUAUUUUCAAAAACAUCAUUUUGGAUGUUUCCGUAUUUUGGUCUUAUUUUUAAAACAGAGCAGUAAAAAAAAAAAAACAGAAACAACCCCAAACCAUAGUUUUAAAACCCGGCCCGGACGUUAACUCGACAAAGAGACCAAGUCAAUGGAUCACUGAUUUAACCGUGGAUUAACCGGUCGAACA